AUGGCGGAGAUGGCCAGGAGGAGACAGCAGCGCUGUGGUGUGAUGAUGGUUCAGCUUUUGUUGGUGACGGUGGUGCUGACAAACAUGACGCCUGCUUCGUGGCCUGGAGCCGUUGUUGGAGUCCUCGGAAACACGGGUUCUUUGGGCACAACGCACCAGAGAGUUCAGUUUGAGCGUCCCAUGUUUGACGACGUGCUGGGACGGACAUCAGUCAAGGCAUGCAAGGACAAAGGGAAGAGCAAGGCCAAGUACUUGCGUCAUCUCCAGCAGUGCGUGCAUGCCGGCACCCGCUUUGCCGAGCAAAUCACCACACUUGGCAGCCACCUCCUCGACCGGGCUGGAACAAGCACCGAAAGCACUGGGGACAGGUUCACGCAAGUCCUGCCACCCAUUGCGCAGACCAAAAGCACCGGUGCUCAAGCUGACAUUCCAAAACAGCAGCUGCUGGAAGCGAAGGAGAAGGAACCAGAGGAGGAAGCCGGCCGCACACAGCGCCGCGAGCAGCAGCUGGAGCAGGAAGAGCUGGUUCCGACAGCAGCACCGCAGUUUGCGUCUGGGAUGUGGGUGUCGGGUGAUGGCGCGUGUGUGUUCACGAACGCAGUGGUGGACCAAUACCGCACCGUCUUGGUUGUUCCCGAGGAAAUGCUGGAUGACGCAAGGCAGUUGGCCGUGGCAUGCUUUACUGUGCGGUCUGCGAAGAUGCAACAGCCUUACGAUCCAUCAGCGUGGACAGCGCAGCGGCUGGUGCCAUCCUCCAAGGUACAGCUCUUCUGUUCCUGCUUUCACGCCUUUCGUGUCCCCGUGUUUACGACUCCAGCGGAGCUGUGGUCUCCGAAGUGCGACGGAAAGGACUUUGGGGUGCUUGCGCCCACCCUUGGCGUGGAGCGUUGGUCGCAGCCACCACACAUCUUUCACGAAUCCAUCCAACUCUCCGCCCUACCAACGCUUCUCCACCAACACAAAGCCACACUACCACCGUUCGGGCACGUGUCGUUCUUCAAGGCCGCUUCCCUGAAUGCCUGGCAAGAGAAGUACUACGCCAUGUGGUUCAAAGACACACACAAUGCUCGCUUUCAAACAGGACUAGACUUUCGACAAACUGCGCUGUUCCCUGGCGAUGAGGGGUCUCGUCAUGACCGCAUCAACAACGUUGACAUCGAUGACAAUCGUCCGCGGUUCUUCCACAGCCUUGUGGCGUAUCACCCCGAAUACGACCUGUUUGGACACAACAAGGUGCAUGCAGGCAUGUUUCACCGCCGCGCAGUGGACUUCAUGUUCGCAAACACAGACAAAUGGGCCGACGGGGCGUGUCCACCACGGCGCGUUGUCAUUCUCCAGCGCAGCACCGGGCACAAGUUGCGACGGUUCAGCAACAUGGACGCGGUGCAAGCCACGGCGAAGGCCAUCACGGGCAUCGCUGCGACUGUCGCCACCACCAACGAGAGCACGUCACUGUACGACCAGGCAGCUGUGUUCCGCGACGCAGGGCUUGUGAUCAGCAGCCACAGCUCGCAGGUGUUUGGCAUGGCGUGGAUGCACCCCAACUCUGCUGUUGUGGAGGCUGUGCCCGUUAUCUUCAAUUCGCACUUUGCCCAAGCUGCCGCCAACUUCAACAUCCACUACCGCUUCGCCUUUGGCGCCUCAAACCUAUCUGGGUGCAUUCGCCAGCGUGCAAACACCGCGCAGCACAAUCAGUUACGGAAGGCAUCCAUGGCGGCGAUGGAAUGUGGCGCCACACUCGAAUGCGCAGAAAAGGAGCGCCAGCGUUUGAAACAAGAGUGCGACACGAGCACGUGUCGACGGGAGGUGAAGGUGGCCGGGCGGGACUGGGUGGUGUGCAACUCGUUUGACGUGGACAUUCCCUCUCUGCGCAAUGCCCUGAAAGCCGUGGUGGCUGAGUUGGACGGGGCGUGUCGCGUAGCAGGAGCGGGGCGCUGGCGCAAGGCAUAAUAACAACGUGCGUUGCUUGCAGGCAACACAACCACAGCGAGCGCCGAAGCAAGCAAGCCAGCAGGACCGAGAGCGGGAGUUGGCACAGCGUACGCUGUUGUUGUUAUGUACAUGCACAUGGCUUCCACGCGAGUCAUUUAAUCUAUGGGGCACAGAGAAGGGGAAGAUGUUAACAUACACAAGCAGGCAAUACAGGCAUAAAAUGCAUCAAUC